AUGGGCGCCGUCAACAGCGAACUGCGUAGGCGGGUGAUUGGUAUUUACAAAGAGCUUCUCUACCUCGGCCGCGAGUAUCCCCUCGGCUACGACUACUUCCGCCCGCGCCUGCACAAGGCCUUCAGUGCCAACGCCGGGCUGCGCGACGAGGACGCCAUCAGGCGGGGCAUCGAGAGGGCCGAGUACGUCAAGAAG